AUGAUCGGUAAGAAGGAGAUGAAGGAAGUGAUUGAAGAAGAGAAAAUCAGGAACAGUCAAACGGCGACAAUAUCAAAAUCUGCUCCUUCUUCUUCGCGUUCAUCUUUUUCAUGUGAAAGAGAAUACAAAGUUCGUGAUGUUCGAGAUGGAAUGAAAUCAUCAAGAGCAAGCAGAUUCAAUCUGCUAGAGAACGAGUUAGGGUUAAAGAGUAGUUGGAGACAGUUCAGUCGCAAAGCUCUUUUUCCUGAAUUUGUUAUCGAUCCUAAUAACAGGUGGUAUCGGGCAUGGACCGUUUUCAUAUUAUUAUGGGCAAUGUACUCAUCAUUCUUCACCCCAAUGGAGUUUGGAUUUUUUCGUGGCCUGCCAGAGGAUCUCUUUAUACUGGACAUAAUAGGACAGAUUGCUUUUCUUGUGGACAUUGUUUUGCGGUUCUUUGUUGCUUAUAGAGACAGUCAAACCUAUCGCAUGGUCUAUAGCCGUGCUCCUAUCGCUAUGCGGUAUCUAAAAUCUAGUUUUGUCAUUGAUCUUCUUGGAUGUAUGCCCUGGGACCUCAUCUACAAGGUUCUAAUUCUUCUGGAUAAACCUUGA